AUGCACGCGCACGACGGCUCUCCGAUCUCACGCGUGACCUCGAUCGCGAGACCGUGGGAGGGCGCGAUCGGGAAGAUCGCGCACGGCGACGCGCGGGACGCGGCGGCGGCGACGACGAGCGCGACGUGGCGCGAGAGCGCGCCGAGGGACGAUCGGUCCGCCGGGACGACGUGGGAAGAGGGCGUGUAUAAUAAUAUGAACGAGGCGGUGCGGUUCGAGACGUUGUUGGCGACGACGAGCGCGGGUGGGGAGGUGUUCGUGUCGAGGUGUUGGCGAACGACCCGGACGCGCGAGAGGGGCGGAGUCGAGGUCAUGCGGGCGAUUCGGUUGGACGAUGGGGAGCUGGCGACGUGCGUGGCGAGCGACGAGGAUAACAUCGUGGUCGGGACCGAUCGCGGGCGCGUGGUGUUUUUGUCUUGGGCGAGAGGGGAGGAGGGAACGAGCGCGACGUGUCGAAGGACGGAGAGAGACGGAGCCGCGGCGAGCGUUUCGUGGUGCGCCGACACGGGGACGAUCGUGAUGCGUUUUGACACCGGCUCGGUGUGCGCGAUGCGAAUGAAUGAUCAGGGUGAGAUCGUCUCGAGGAAUUGGUUCGAGGCGUUCCCAGAACCGGCGGUGUUCGCAGCAUUUCAUCGCGGAACGGGAAAGUUGGCUCUGGGCGCCAUGGAUGGCGAAGUGCGCGUCUACGACGACGCGUUAACUGCGGACGCGUCGAGGCCGAAGAUGAUUUUCAGACUAAGUGCGUGGGGAUUUACGUCGGAGGACACCGGUGCCGCCGCUUUUGGCUCUUGGUCGCACGAUGGGAAGGCUCUCGCUGUAGCGUGGAGGCGCCGCGGCUUGGCGAUUUGGAGCGACUCUGGAUGCUUACUCAUGUGCACUCUACACCACCACGGACGCGCCGAAGGCGCCGUCGUGCCGAGAAAAUCGUUCGUCGACAUCGAUGAGACGCCCGAGGUCGGCGCGUGUCUCGGGACUCCGGCCUGGGGCAUCCUCGGUUACUCGCUGUACGUCGUCGUCAACGGAUAUGAGGGAACGCAUGUCGAGGAGUACUCACUGGCGAGAAGCUGUCCAAAACCCUGUGUGCCCCCGCGAGCGUCCGAGCACGCCACCGGCGAUGAGUCAUCGCUUCUCAUCGGUGACGAUCGAGUGUUCGUCAUCGCCUCGAACGCGAUGGGGAAGUUUUGCAUGCGCCAAGAGAUUUGUCCAACAGAAUACGUCGAAAGCCAAUGGCCGAUGCGUGUCGCGGCGAUGAGCCCAGACGGCACCCGCGUCGCGGUAGCCGGCUCAAGAGGCUGCGUGGUGUACGAUACUGAUUUUGAGGAGUGGAUCAUGCACCCCGAACUCGAGCACAAGAUCGCGACCGAGGUCAUAGACUUCACAUGGGUCUGCCCAGCUCGAGAGGUUUCGGGAAGGUGUGCGUCCAUCCUGGCGCUCGUCUCUUGCGUUGGAAAGCCUCGCGUGUUCGGCACCAAACUCACAUAUGCUGUGAAUUUCAUCUCAGACGGUGGCGCGGGUGCUCAAAUUGCAACCUUACCGCUUCCGUCGCAGCCCACGCACGCAUGUUCGUGCGGCGAGUACUUCGCCGUCUCUUUUGCCAAUAGCGAACUGGCGAUAUACGAAGUCAAAUCUUCCGAAGAAGGCGUCGUCAGCGCGCAUCCGGUUCGUGAGAGCAAUGGGCAGCGACGGCGCGUGACGCUAGAGAAUGGUACGCGCGUCUCGGGCUUUUGUCUAGUACGUAUGGCGUCCUCUGCAUCGUCCGACGACACCGUCCAGGCGCCGAGUGAGUGUGUGGUAUUGACCAACGCAAACGAAGUGAUCGUGGUCGACCUCACCGGUGACUACAAGUCCGUUAAGAUACUGGAAGACGUCAAAGAAUUCUGGGUCUCAGACUGCUCUGUCUCGAAUCAAAAUGGCUUUGUGAGCGAUGGCGACAGCGGCACGAGCUCAUCGGACGAGCUGCCCACCGAUCGAGGAUGCAUCUUCGCGUACGGCUCGUACGGUAUGCGCAUCUGCUACUUCCCCAAGGAUGGCUUACGGGAGAUUUUCACGCGCGGGUCGACGCUUUGUGACGUAGAAACUGCGUCGAACAAUCCUGAACUCGAGUUCGAUCGUGAGUCAUACCCACUCGCCGUCAGUCUGAAGCUUAACCGCAUCAUCGGCGCCAAACAAAAGCUGUCCUUCGCGGAUUCGUAUGAGACGCCGUAUUUUCUCAUAUCUCCGAGCGUGCACACCGUCGUACCAUACGUUCUGCGCAAGCUACUUGGGAUGGAACAGUUUACUACUGCGCUUCGAUACGCUCGAGCUGCGCGCCGACAGACACCGCAUUUCGCACACGCGCUGGAAUGGCUGCUGUUCACGGCGGUGGAGAACGCGGGACGCGACAUCACUUCGCAGAAGGUCUUGAAGCAAUCCGUCGCGUUGCUCGCAGAGUUGCCGAACUACCUGGAUAUCAUCGUCAGUGUUGCGCGCAAGACGGAGAACACGCGGUGGGAUUGCCUCUUCAAGUAUGCCGGAAGUCCGAGUGAUUUAUGCGCGAAGGCGAUGAAGGCGAAUCAAGUGCGCGUCGCCGCGUGUUACAUUCUUGUCGUCGAUAAGCUUGAGGGAGAGGUGAUGGGGCGGGAGAUCGCGUUACGAGUGAUGGAAAGCGCGCUCGAAGCACACGACUACAAGCUCGUAGAAGACCUCAUCAAGUUCCUCCUCAAGCCAGUCGAUGGAAGUCAGUUAUCGCGGCAAGGUGAUCGGAAGGGACUCUUUAGGCGCGUGCUCAACGUCGUCGUGCCUCCUCCGAGAAGCGUGACGGAUUACUCGAACAAAACCGACCCGUUCGCUCUCGAUGAUCGGGAACAGGCGCUACUGAAGUCACACCUUGACGUCCUCGCACGCGCCAAGGAUGUGGUGUCGAUGGGCGCAUUCAUCGCGGACACAUCCUUCGACGGCGUCUCGUACAUGAUGCAUGAAGCCGAGGAACCGGGCGAGGCGUUCAUCGCGGACUUCUACGAGGCGAUCAGAUGCGCGGUGCAGUGUCUUCGAGAUCGAAAAUCUCGCAACAACAAGACGAAGAGCCCUCGGGCGAGCGCCUCGGCCCUCAUAGACGCGACAUUUGAAGCCGGAUCGAAGAGCGACGAGAUGUACGUCGCCGCGCUCCUGGACGUCACACGUACUGCGCAAUGCACGGACUGGUCUCUACUCAUCGCCACCGUUCUCGGUCGCGGAGAUGUCUUGGCGGAUUACUUUGAGAAGGAGCCUGCUCUGCGAGACCCGUGGCUUGGCAUCGCGAGACGUUUCAGGGACGAGUCCAACGACGCGCAUUCUGUUCGUCACUUUUCGACAAUAAUCCACGACAUAGAGCGGCUCUCAACGGGCGCCGCGUAG